AUGUUUUUAUUUCGAGGUCGAAGAUUUAAUGUAAGUCGUUACGUAGCGAUACACUUUCACCCCGAAGCUGUACAAAGCGCGUACGUUCCGAAACCGAUCAAUGCCAUUGCCAGUCGAGUUACUUGUUGCGCCGGUAUAUCAAGUGUUGCUCCGCCCACUUCUAAUAUAAGGAAAAUGGCAGAUAAAUUAAGUCAGGAGGACCGUGAUACCCAACUUGCCCCUCUGUUGUCAGCAGGAUGGAAAGUUCAAAGUAAUAGAGAUGCAAUUGAGAAGGAAUUUCAAUUUAAAAACUUUAAUGAGGCAUUUAGUUUCAUGACUAGAGUUGCAUUGUUAGCUGAAAAAAUUGAUCACCAUCCUGAAUGGUUUAAUGUUUACAACAAAGUUCAGGUAACACUGUCUUCUCAUGAUGUAAAUGGAUUGAGCAAAAGGGAUGUUAAAAUGGCAACAUUCAUGGACAAAAUUAUUCAGUAG